AUGAUUGGUCAACGAGAAUUAGGAAUUGCUGAACUACUUUAUGAUACAAUUAUGAAAUGUGAAAUCGAUUUACGAUCAAUUUUUUAUUCGAAUUCUCUUUUAUCCGGAGGAACAACUUUGUUUUCGGGAUUCGCUGAUCGAAUGAAAAAAGAAAUGACAGUACUCGCUCCACCAAAUGCAAGAAUUCGUAUUGUUGCUGCACCUGAAAGACAGCUGAGUGCAUGGAUUGGCGGUUCUAUUCUUAGUUCAUUAUCAACAUUUCAAACAAUGUGGAUAACAAAACAAGACUAUAAUGAAUUUGGUCCAUCAAUUGUACAUCGAAAAUGUAUUUGA